UUGGUUUUUGUUAUUAUUAUUACUUUUAAUUUUGUGGAGGUUUUGGGUUUUUUCCCCCAAUCGGCAAUGGCCUCCGAAUCGUCUUCUUCUUCCGGCGCCGUCGUCACUGACAGAAGAGGAAUUCCGGCGGCUCAGUUCGUGGAGGAUGUUCGUACCUAUCUCUCUCAGUUACAACUCGAUGUUCAAUCCGCCCUUGCCUUUCUUCAAGAGCGACUUCAGCAAUACAAAUUAGUUGAGAUGAAACUCCUUGCUCAACAAAGGGACCUGCAGGCAAAGAUCCCAGACAUAAAGAAGUGUUUGGAUAUAGUUGCUACUUUACAAGCAAAGAAGGAGGCAGCCACUGGUGAGCCACUUGUAGCAGAUUUUGAGAUCUCUGAAGGCAUAUAUUCUCGGGCGCGUAUCGAGGAAACUGACUCAGUUUGUCUGUGGCUUGGUGCAAAUGUCAUGCUGGAUUAUUCAUAUGAAGAGGCCAUAACCCUUCUACAAAAGAAUCUGGAUAAUGCUAAAGCGAGUUUAGAAGUUCUUGUUGCCGAUCUACAGUUUUUGAGGGACCAGGUGACAAUAACUCAGGUGACAAUAGCUCGUGUUUACAACUGGGACGUUCAUCAGCGUCGAGUUCAGCUAGCUGGCGCCAGUGUAGAAGACUCGUAAGUUUUCAUGGGCAGCCCUAAAAAGUUCCAUUGUUGGCAGAGAAUCCAUUUCCUGAUUGGCAGUUCCGUCCUGAUCCAUACCUUUUGAAUUUAGGCCGUUCAAAAUUUCCCUUUCUUGUCAUUGUCAAUGGAAAAUGAACCUUUUCAUUCGUGGGUUCUAAGCGCACCUACACUUUCACAUAAUACUCCCCAUAACACAAAAAAAAAAAAAAGAAAAAAAGAAAAAAAAAAAGGCAAUAUCAUUUGUAGAAGAGAAGUGAUGCGCACUGAUGCCUAUUUCUAGGAUGAGUUUUCCCCCCUUUUAUAUAUAUAUAUUAGAUAGCAUUUUGUGCCUUGCCUGUUCUUACAUUUGUUAGAUUCUGUUGUAAUUUUCAAGGUGAUGGGCGUCUUGGUUGUGUUAUUUAAGGGGUUUUAUAACUCUCUGCCUUUGUGUUCUAAAUUUUCGAGAAUGUAAAAUUGAAUAUUCAAGCGAUUGGGCUUGAGAAAAGAUAUGUUUAGAAGUGAUUUUAACUAUGUCAUUGUUUCUUUUAAGAA